CUUCAUACAGAUCCUAAAUGGCUUGUGGGGCAUCUCACUCUCCAUACACAGGCGCUCUUAGCAGCUCAGCAGCAGCAGGUCCGACAGCUUAAUAUCCCACAGGCGACGCGGUCAUGGCAGUCACGUUCCCGGCCUAAGACCUUCGACAUGCUGAGAACAUUAAAUGCAGGCCUGUCACCCGCAGACUUUGAGGCAGACUCUGAUCCAGAAAAUAUUCAGGUAGAACAGGAGCGGCUUACGCGGCGACUUAGGCGGAUGCAACAGCGAGCGCGUGUUGCGCAAUAUGAGACAGCACGGUUCCUCCAAUGUGAGCAAGUCAUGCAGCAAUUCCGCCAGCAAGCUAAACAGGCCCAGCCGGGGACAAUGACAUUCGCUGAAUGGGAGGCUGGGAUGGCACAGUUCCAUAGGGCACGAUAG